AUGCAAGGGCCUCAUGAUACCAGCCCUUACGGGGACCGGGUCAGUGAACAGCAUGUGGAAGAUGUUGAAUAUGCGACGGACAAGAGAAACUCCUUUGUCGACCAGCGCCGUUACGGAACAGCGGCAGAGCGUCAACGCCGAAAACUGAAUGCCAUACUUGCCAAUCCACUUGCCGGAUAUACCCCUGAAGAGCUGCGCAGGCAAGGCAUCGACUUCGCUCUCAAACACCACAUGGGGGAUGAAGAGGAUAUCCGUGCUUUCGAGUUGGGCGCCGUCCUGGCCCAGGCCCCGGCCAAAUUCGCAACUGUCUCCGGUCUCACACCCGAGGAGCGUGAGAUUCUGCACAGGGAAUUCACCCAUCGUUGGUCGCAGCCCUGGACGAUGUAUCUCGUCAUCGCCCUAUGCUCUCUGUCGGCAGCAGUGCAAGGGAUGGAUGAGACGGUUGUCAAUGGUGCGCAGAUAUUUUAUAAAGGGCAGUUUGGCAUUGGUAGCGAUGAGUCGAGAGAUAAAUGGCUGGUCGGCCUUGUCAAUGCUGCGCCAUACCUUUGCUGUGCGGUAGUAGGUUGCUGGCUGGCAGUACCGUUCAAUGCCUGGUUUGGCCGUCGAGGGACCAUUUUCAUCACUUGCUGUUUCUCCGCCAUCGCUUGCCUUUGGCAAGGAUUCGUCAACACGUGGUGGCAUAUGUUUAUCGCUCGCUUCGUCCUGGGCUUCGGCAUUGGUCCUAAAUCGGCCACCGUCCCCAUCUACGCGGCGGAAACCGCACCCCCUGCCAUCCGUGGUGCGUUGGUGAUGCAAUGGCAGAUGUGGACUGCCUUUGGCAUCAUGCUGGGCUACGCGGCCGACCUAGCUUUCUUCGAGGUCCCGGACCCGUCAGACAUUGUCGGGCUGAAAUGGCGAAUCAUGAUGGGUUCGGCGAUGUUCCCAGCGGUCCUAGUUUGUCUGUUUGUAUUCUCGUGCCCAGAGUCGCCGCGAUGGUACAUGUCUCAGAAACGCUACUACAAGGCGUACGAGUCAAUGUGCAGCCUGCGCACCCACAAGAUCCAGGCCGCCCGCGACCUGUACUAUAUGCACACCUUGUUAGAGGCAGAGAACACCAUCAAGCUCGGCCAGAACAAGAUCUGGGAACUCAUCGCAGUACCUCGAAACAGGCGUGCCUUGGCCGCGUCGGAAAUCGUCAUGUUCCUGCAGCAGCUCUGUGGAGUCAAUGUAAUAGCGUAUUAUUCCUCCGAAAUCUUCCACCAGGUGACAACCACCCGUAACGCGCUAGCCACCUCCUUUGGCUGGGGCGUGGUGAACUGGCUCUUCGCCAUCCCCGCCAUUUACACGAUCGACACCUUCGGCCGGCGCAACCUCCUCCUAACCACAUUCCCUCUCAUGGCCCUCGCCAUGUUCUUCACGGGCUUCAGCUUCUUCAUCCCCAAAACGGAGGACAGCAAUAACGCCCAGCUCGCCUGCGUCGCCCUGGGCCUCUACCUCUUCGGCGUCGUCUACUCCGUCGGCGAGGGCCCCGUCCCCUUCACCUAUUCCGCCGAGGCCUAUCCGCUCUACGUCCGCUCGCACGGCAUGGCCCUCGCCACCGCCACGACCUGGUUCUUCAACUUCCUCCUCGCCAUCACCUGGCCGUCGCUGCACGGGGCCUACGGCGACAAGGGCGCGUUCUGCUGGUACGCCGGGUGGAACCUCGUCGGCUUCGUGCUCGUGCUGCUGUUCAUGCCGGAGACGAAGGGGUUGACGCUUGAGGAGCUCGACCAGGUCUUCUCUGUGUCGACGCGGGCCCAUGUCAUGUAUGGCUUGCAGCAGGUGCGGUAUUUCUUUCAACAGUAUAUCCUGCGCAAGAACGUGAAACCCGUGCUGUUGUAUGAGCGGGACGAUGCCUCGAUUUAUGUGAAUGAUGUUGGCUUCAAUGCGGAUUGA